CCUUUAAAGAACAAGCAACAUUCCUCGGCAGCUGAUACUUGGUGUUCUAGAUAAGAGUCGUUCUGGAUCGUUGAUUUGCAUCUGAGAAUAACCGCUAGGUCAAUCGAACUACUAUGGAGUGUGUCCGAACGCUGCUGGGCUACGCAACCAGAUGUUUCUCCUGCCAGGAAGAUUCAUCGGCGCAGGGAAACGAGCCUAACGAACGAACACAUCUGCUAGCGGAUCCCGUCAACAACAGUCCAGCCGUGCGACGGACGGAUAGUGAAAUAUUUACGCAGGAGUACUCCAACUCUGUACCCAAAAAGGAUGAGCAAUCGGCACUGGAAAAGAUACUACAGGAAACAUCUGAAAACAUUAUCGACGUGGCCGCGAUGGAUACCCAGAAGCUGGAGGCUAGCGAGUAUAACGAUCGUGUCCGGAUCUAUACGCAGCGGUUGCAGCAACAGUGGAAUAAUGUUAGCCACCCGAACCAUGUCGAAAAUGUGUGCCUAUUGAAGGAUAUACCGAACCCCGAGGCGUUGCUAGCUUCGGUGCCAAUAGCGCAGGAGGAUCUAAAGAUGAUUCAAAAUAUGGUCCACAAGGCGAACAUCGCCGUAUCGGAAAUAAGCGUCGCACACACCGAAAACCUGGUUGUCCCCUUUAGGAUUCCAUAAUGUUACGCCGUUAGAAGGAACCUGUAAAAUAGGUGCAUGCGGCACGAGCGGCGGUGGUUGGGCAAUUUAUCUUUCUCUUCCAAUACAUCAUCGAUCAGCCGAAGCGAUUCGAAGCACUCUACCAUAUUUGCUAUAUUAAGCACCGAUCACCGCGCUAGCGUGCGGUUUACGAUGGAAGUUCUGUGUGAUGCUGUCCGGUGCGUUAACUAGUUUCUUUUUUUAUGUAUGCGAACAUUGAGGUGAAGCACGGCACCGGCCAAGCCAUAGAAGAAUGAAAAAACUAUCGUGAUAAGCAUCUGGCGGAAGCUGCAACGGCUACAGCAAGUGCCCUGUGGAUGAGGAGCUUUAAAACGCGAAAGUGUACAGAAUAAAAAAAAUAUAUCAACUAAGAUCGUGAGCAUUUGUUUUGCGUGAUUGAUCGGACACCGAAUCAUUCAGAUUUGUUAAUUGGAAUCUUCUGGCUGAUAAGAGUUGGCGAUUAGAACGCAACCAUGAAUGUGACUUAUGAUGAGCCUGAUGAUUUGAU